AUGGCAGCAUUCUCUCAGACUAAACUGGCAAUAACAACAGCAGAUGGCUUUUCUCUAGGAGCAACUUUAUUUCAAUCUCAACCUACAAAUGCAACCCCGUCUUUAGCUAAACGCAUAGUAGUUAUUAUCAAUGCAGCAACAGGAGCACUCCAAAAGUUUUACUUUCCUUUUGCAGCCUUUUUGGUUCAGAAUGGAGUCGAUGCAGUACUAUCGUAUGAUUAUCGAGGCAUUGGUGAAUCUCUCCCUAAAGAGGGCACUCUUGUCGGAUUCAAGGCAAACAUUAGCGACUGGGCAUUUUGGGACCAGCCAGCCAUUAUAAAGUAUAUGCACUCUCGUUUUGGGUCAACCAGCGAUAUCAUUCUUAUUGGUCACAGUGUUGGAGGGCAUAUUGCCACCAUCAACCCACUCUCAAAACAUAUUGCCAGAUCUCUAUUUGUUACAUGUGGAUCUGCCUAUUAUGCUGCUCAGGGACUGUCUAAUAUUCCUUCACUGGCACUGGCACAUUUUGUUCUCUUUCCCGGAUUUGCAUGGUGGUAUAAUUAUCUACCCUGUCGUGAGUUGGGUUUACUCAAGAUUGAAGAUAUUCCGAAAGGCGUCGCUCGACAGUGGUCGUACUGGUCUCGAUCUCGCAGCUAUUUAGCUCGACAACCAAAAUAUGCCAAAGCUACUUCUGAAUGGAAGAAUCCACUGUUACUGCUGUCUUUUUCCGACGACGCAUUAAUUAGCAAGCAAGCCAUAUCUGACUUUGCCUCGCUACUUAAGAGUGCUGAUGUAGAUUGGAGGCAUUUGGAUCCACGUAUAGAUCUUGGGAUAGAAUCUGUAGGCCAUAUGGGGUUCUUUUUUAGCACAAAUCAGCAAAUACUCUGGAAACCUGUGCUUUCUUAUAUACUUUAUGGGGCAUAUCCAGUGUUUUCUCACUCAACACAGCUCCAUACAAUACUACCAGCUAAACUAUAA